AGAGCAGUGAUGCUGCGUCAACGUACUCGAGUCGCUCGAAUAUCGGGGGCCGCAGGCCCCUCACUGCGACCCCAACUUCCUUCCCUCGGCGCUUGUCAGCCAUGUCGCCGCCCGUUCACUCAGAAGCCACCACUUCUAAUCCUUUCCCCGCAGCGAAGUCGACCGCAAUUAACCUUCCUCUCUCCCUCGCCCAUCAGUCGUGCUCUCCCCCCGCUAUCUGUCCAUCUCCAGCAACAUUUUGCAAGACUUGUCUCCACCGAAAGCCGCGGCCACUUCAAAAAGCGCGCGUCCCGCGUGCUGCGUCUUAGUCUGUCACUCGGCGCCAUUCUUGUCCUUUAUGAGAUUAUCAAAAUUGGGGUGUAUCAGGAGGAACUCGAGCACAAAUGGCCGACGCCGCCGGAAUGGACGUGGAAGAGCCGGUGGUGCUUGCGGUCCGCCUUGGCCUGGCAGCACCCCGAGGAAAUUGGGAAGCUGAUGAGUGAUUGGCCGAUGGUUGCGGGUUACUGUAAAGAGCUGAUAUCGCGGUUGGAGGAUCUAAAUGGUGAAGGGAAGGGACUUGUUGAGCUAGAUGAGGGCGGGAUCUUUAUUGACGGAGUCGGAAAGGCCGGCUUUGAUAUCACGGCAAAGAGUGAGCCGUGGAGACGGGGGUACUUUCAGGCUCUUUUGGGGGCUGCAAAAGCAGCAGAGAACCUUGAGGGUUGGCUGACUGAUCGGAAACAACGCGUUUCAGCAUCGGCAGAGUAUUUUGUUGGCCCAUCGAAUCCCCGUCCGAAGCCUGUACCCCUUGGUCAGACCCCACCGCGUGAGGAGGACUCUGAGCCGGCAUCUCCUAGUCCUGAGGUUUUCUACAUGAAGAUCCUGACGACCCGCGGCUUUAACACAGGCCAGAAAAUUGAUGCCGCACUCGCAUACGCCGACUGGCUGGACUACAAGGGUUUGCAAAGCACUGCGGCGGAUAUGUACAAAUGGGCAAUAGAUAUCGCCGCGUCAGGGGCUUCCAUGGAUGCCACGAAGGUGGUAGAUCUGAAGACAGGCGUCAUCAAUAGCGACAGCCAAACUCUGCCGUCUGAAAACAUCCUCCGGGUCUCAACCGCUCUCGGAGUCCACCACGCCCGACACGGAAACCUCCCAAUGGCCCUCUCAAUUUUCACCUCUGUCCUCAAAGCCCGCCGUGCCAUCUCUCCACCUCCUCCCGGCACCAUCGUUCCUAUAUCUUCUUCCAUCCCUAAGCCAACGAAUGACAUCUUCGUUUCCUUCUUCAACACCCUGAAAACCGUCUUUAUUCCCGUCCAGUACCCCCCACCGCCCCCCACCGGAAACGACACCCCUUUCCGCACACCAUCUUCUCCCUGCGACGAAGCAGGCCUGAUGACCUAUAUCGGCGAAAUCCUCUACGCAACUCACUCCAAAGAAACUGGCCUGGCCUGGACGCGCGACGCAGUCGACCUUGCUGAAUCGACGCUUCCGGAAACAGACCCAUCCUCGCGGAACAACCGCUGCAUCGACUGUCUCCGCGUCAGCCUCGAGAACUGGAAGACAAUGGUGUCGCAGUUCCUCGAGAAUGCUCAAAAGGACGAAGAAGAGACGAUCACCAAGGCGAAGAACGGAUCUUCCUGGUUCGGCCCCUCGAAGAGACAGAUCGAAGCAAAGACGCUGGUGAGGAAGAGGUGGGAGGCUGAGCAGUUUAUUCUGCAGGCACGCAUUAAGAAACUCCUACCGGUUAUCGAGGACGACUCUGCGAUUCAGGGUGUAGUGCCUGGUGUGGGGUUGUUCUAGAUGAUUGGUUGUCUUUUCCUCACUAUUUGCUGCUGCUUAUGGUCAGCCGCCUUCUAGCAUGUAUGGAACGGGGGAGGUUGAGGAGUUUUGGGAUGGGGUUGCGAUAUAUACCAUCUUGUAUUACUAGGAAUAUUACUUGGCAUUAAAAGCAUUAUACUGCAUAUAGCUUUAGCCAUAUUUGUCACGAAAGCCUUACGAAUAGGAAA